AUCACCAACGGAAAUAUUUCAGACUGCUAAGAAGAGGCGUUGUUUGUGUACUGUUUUCGGAUAAAGACACUGUUGGAUGUUUUCGAGAUAUUUACUAACAUACGACACGAAAUUUGAGACAUUAUCGUUCGCGAGAGGUGGCAAGUGCUAAUUUGAGCAUCGGUUAAUCAAGUCGUGUCAUUUAAACCGACGCUUAAAUCGUUUUCAGAGGGUAAAUUUGUUGUAGGUCAAGUAAGGGAUGUCUUGGAGCUCGACACAAUCGCUGAAUUUUAUGUUGCGUUUAGUCGAAAUAAGAAGCUUUGCGGUAAGAGAAAACGCCUGCAGAAUAUGUCCGUCUCGACCGAGUCAUUUUCAAAUUUACUGAAUUUACAUUGUACGACGUUUUUUAUUGUUGUCCAUCACCGCGCGUAGACGCCAGAGCAUUUAGCUUAUAUUGUGUUGUUAGUUGAAGAACUCCGUAAACCGAACCGACUGUGAGCCGAACUUACUAACGUUACUCCAUUCGCGCAGAUUUGUUUUUAGUUGGAAAGUGGCAGCACAACAGUAGAGCUAUGAAGCUUUUAGAGAAUUCACGUUUUGAGGCAUUGGGCUCCCAGCUGUGUGUUGAAACUGGAGAUGCUCACAUCCUUGGCAGGAUUGAGAGCUACUCGUGUAAGAUGGCUGGUGAUGACAAGCACAUGUUUAAGCAGUUCUGUCAGGAGGGGGAGCCACAUGUUCUGGAAGCUCUGUCACCCCCUCAGUCCAGCAGCGCUCCAAGCCCUAACCUAUUGGGGAAGAGUGGGGAGGAUGGAGAAAAUCCGCUAAGUGAUAAGUGUUGCAGGAAGACCUUGUUCUACCUUAUCACCACCCUAAACGAGUCGUUCCGGCCUGAUUAUGACUUCAGUACUGCCCGUGCCCAUGAGUUCAGCCGAGAGCCCAGCGUUAACUGGGUGGUUGACUCUGUUAACAGCAGCCUUUGUUCUGCUGUGGGGGAGCAGUUUAACUCUUUAGGACCAGAACUGUGGAAUGCCAUUGAUCAAGAGAUAAACCUGCAGGGCUGUGACAUCUAUAGCUACAACCCAGACCUUGUCUCUGACCCCUUCGGUGAGGAAGGCAGCCUGUGGUCCUUCAACUACUUCUUUUACAACAAGAAGCUUAAACGCAUUGUAUUUUUCACUUGCCGCUCAGUCAGUGUCCUCAGUAGUUAUGGUUGCAGUGGCCUUGACAAUGAGUUGGACAUGGAGCUGGAUGAUGAAGAGGAAGUGGACAGCUUCAUGGAAGACAGGUUCCCCUCAGCUCUGUGUGUCUAAAGCUUUCUCAGGGAUGACAACCUGUGCUUCAGCCAAAGGGCCUCGCCGUUAACUUUGCACCCAAUUUCUUCUUUCCUUUUUUAGGAAAAAAAAAAAAACUUUCAUAACCUCUUAUUUUCUGGGGAUUUUCUUAAGUGUAUCUGUUUCAUUUUUACUUCACUGUGGACUGAGAAGGAGAAAUACGCCUCUAAAGAAGAUGGAGCUGCUUGGACCAGGUUUGAUAUGGACUCAUUUAAGCAUUGGCUGAGACAAACAAAAACCACUGGAAACCAGCUCAUCCUAGGAGUGAAUGAAAGUCACCAGUGUUUUUACAGUGGAGAAUAUGAACACACUUUGGAAUACAAAGACUGCAUGCCUUCUGGAUUUGUGCCCCUCUGUGUUAUUGGUUUUCCUAAUAUUUCAUGUUUUACUUUUUUUUUUUAAGCUGUGUAAAGUUUGAAGCUCGUGUAUCUGAAUUGUUGUCAUUUAACUUGUUGUUGUUGUUGUUGUUUUUGUGUGUGUGUAAUAUUUUUAUCAAAACCAACUUAGCAGGUACUUUUCCCCCCUCUACAUAUGUUUCCUGGGAUUUAAACCAAUGAUCCUGGAAUUGGUAGCAUUGUGCUCUAGCAAACAAGCCUCUAGACAUUUUAGACUUAUUUUCCUAAAAAUCUUUAUAUAAGAUUGAACUAUUAAGCUUUUUUGGUAAACUUAAUUAUUUGAAAUUCAUUUAGUUUAGUACACUGCACUGAGUUUUUAUUAUUAUAUGUCUGAAGGUUUCACUUUUGCUGCAAUUUGUUUGGCUUUCUGUAAUACGGGCUUUGCUAUGAGUUUACCAACAGUUGUUAUUUUGGCAUAGCUGAAUGGUAAACAUGCAAACCAAAUGUUGUUGAAGCUUUCGAGGCUGGUGCACCCAAAUCUGUCCAUUUUUUUUUCUUUCUCAUAACUAUGUGAAUUUUUUUGUUGUUGUUGUUGAAAGAAAAUGUGAAUGGGAGCGGUUUCUUGUUGCCAGACAACAUCUGUGACAAUAAAAGUAAAGGUUAAUCACCA